AAUGUNCCCAGGUGUAUAGCGCAAUACAAAGUGAACGAUGGAGCAAUUGAUUGUGCCUCAGGGUUUGACGAGGGUUGUGCGCCGCAUAAUUUCGUAUGCGCUGAUAAAAGUGCGUGCGUAGAAUUCUCAAAGUAUCAGGACGGUAUCGCUCAUUGUAAAGAUAAAUCCGAUGAACCAUGCCCAGCAGGUCAUUUUCUAUGUGAUGAUCACUCAAAGUGUAUCGAUGGAAGUCGAUUUCAAGACGGAAAUGUUGACUGUAAAGAUGGAUCUGAUGAAGGUUAG